UGCGCGGGCAGCGCUGCCGGAGGGGGGCGCGGGCGCGCGCGGGGGCGCUGCCGCUGCUGCCGCCGGCGGCGGCUACGUGACGGCGCUCAGGUCCACAAUGGGCCCCGGCGCGCGGGGGGCGGGGAGGCGGCGGGCCGCGCCGGGAACGUGCCGCGGAGCCGCCGGCGAGGCAAAGAAGCGCCCCGCUCGCCGCCUUGGCACGCCUGGCGCUGCGCGCUGCCCGCCUGCGGCCGCCUCGCCGAUGCGCCUGGGGUCUGCCGCGGACGCGGUUUGCCGCCGGUAGAGCGAGCAGCGAGCCCGGCAGCGGCGGCGGCGGGGAGCAGCGCUCGGCAGCCGCGCGCGGGCCGGACGGUGCCGGCGGGCUCGCAAAUGAAGUGCGAGAACUGCACCAAAAAGGAAUGCAGUAAAAAACAGAAAAAUGAUGAUACGGAGAAUACAUCUGUUAAUGCAUUGACUUCAAAUGCCGAAUUUGAAGAGAAAAAUGAGUUUCAUACUUUGGCUAAUGCUAAAAUACUCCUUAGCGACUGCCUAGCUUGUGACAAUUGCAUGACAUCAGAAGAAGGAGUCAGGGUUUUCCAGCAGAAUCAGAAGGAGCUCUUUCGCAUACUCAACCUUAACAAGAAAUGUGAUACCUCAAAACACAAAGUGUUGGCAGUGUCUAUAUGCCCUCAGUCAUUGCCUUAUUUUGCUGCUAAAUUCGGUCUCUCUGUGAAUGAUGCAGCCAGGAGACUCUGUGGUUUCCUCAAAAGUCUCGGGGUGCAUUAUGUAUUUGACACCACUAUAGCUGCCGAUUUCAGUAUUCUGGAGAGUCAGAGGGAAUUUGUGCAGCGGUAUCAACAGAGGAACCAGGAGGAGCAUGCCUUACCAAUGUUUGCCUCUGCUUGUCCUGGUUGGAUCCGGUAUGCUGAAAGGGUACUUACCAAUCUCGUGACCUCUCACAUUUGCACUGCAAAGUCUCCGCAGCAGAUCAUGGGAUCUCUGGUGAAAGGCUACUUUGCUAGGCAGCAGAACUUGUCUCCUGAUAAAAUUUUCCAUGUAAUUGUGGCGCCUUGUUAUGACAAAAAAUUGGAAGCCUUGCGGGAAGAUUUCUACACUGCCUUGUAUAAUUCUCAAGAAGUUGAUUGUGUUCUAACAUCAGGUGAAAUUGUCCAAAUAAUGGAACAGAAAAAUGUGUCUAUGAAAGAUGUGACUGAAGUAGCUGUAGAUAGUUUGUUUGGUGAAAUAAAGGAGGGAGAUGUAGUAAGGCAUGAUGGGAAGACAUCUGAUGGUUACCUGGAGCACAUUUUUAAACAUGCUGCAAAGGAGCUUUUUGGCAUGGAUGUCAAAGAAAUCACCUACAAAGCAUUAAAGAACAAAGACUUUCAAGAAGUUACGCUUGAAAAGGAUGGUGAGACACUGCUGCGUUUUGCAGCAGCUUACGGCUUUAGAAAUAUCCAGAACAUGGUUCUGAAGUUGAAAAAGGGAAAGUUUUCAUACCAUUUUGUAGAGGUCCUUGCCUGCCCGGGAGGGUGCUUAAAUGGAAAAGGCCAGGCCCAAACUGAAGAUGGAAAGCCAGAUAAAGCGCUGCUUAACCAGAUGGAAGAAGUGUACGCUGCAAUACCUGUUAGGCUUCCAGAAGCCAACAUGCACGUACAGAAGAUGUACCAGGACUGGUUGGAAGGAAUGGACUCCAAGAAGGUCCAGGAAACUUUGCACACCAAAUACAGUGCAGUAAAUCAAACAGCAAGUAGUCUGGAUAUCAAAUGGUAACAAAUCAAACCUGCGGAAGAUUUGCUUAGGUUUAGUUACAGAUUCAGCACUGGAAACAUUCUAUGCAAUUGCAGAUGCUAUGCACUAGCUGAGUGAAUGAAUGAGAUGCUUUCCCUAGUUGUUACUUACGAAGAACCAUUGCUUUUUUAAAAACAAAAUGAAAAAUCUCUGAAAGCCCUGAUUCCUGCCAUUGUCUGUUAACUCUUAUUGUGUGUAAUCUCCUGUGUACAGUGGAUUUCCCUGUUCAAAACCACCAUCUUGCAAGGUACCUAAGCACUUCCUGCCGGGUGCAGGGAGUGUAAUUCUUGGUGAAGCUACUGCAGCUUGAGGAUUCCUUUCACUUCAAAACAGGCUGCCCCAAGAAGGCAAGAUCAUCUUAUUCCUAGGUACGCCAACCCUUUCGUCGUGGGAAAAUGGUCAUCAUGAUUUCUAAUGUUGUUGUUGCAGUUGUUGUAUAGUAACUUGGGAUUUACUUGCCUUGUUAACCAAAAAAAAAAAAAACCUUUACAGUGACAAGUGUGUAUAUGGGGAAAUGUAAUGAAUUAAUUUAUGCCUUCUCUAUCCUUACUUUAGUAAAAAUUGCUCAGUUCCAAACUAGUGGCACCAUUCCCUACCGAUGCAACAUUUUGUAAGGAACAGGAUGCUUCACAUAAACUGGACUUUGGAAAAUAAUGCUAAGUGGUUAUAAUGCAAUUCUUAAAUAAAAAUAGUGGCAAAUAGGUUGGUACAAAAGGAGCGUUCCCCCAACCCCCCCCCUCAGUUUUCAUAUAAACUUGCAGUUAGGAAGAAUGAGGCUGUCUAUGUUGUCUGGCUUCUUUAUGAAAGUGAAAUGUUCACUGUUAGCUGAGCCUGGGCAUACAUACUACAGCUUUGGUAGAUGCAACCUCAGCCAGAAUUACAGCACUUCCAUUCUUUCAUGCUUUGGGUUCACAGAAUACCAGAUUGUAUUCAAAACCUUAUUUUUCUGUAAGUCUGUUAAUAUGGAGAUAAAUUUGUCAUGGAUACCUAAAAAUACUAAAAAAGAAUUAGGAAACGCUUGUGAGCUCAUCAAAGUUGCUUCAUGUGGGCAUCAUGAAUUUUGGUGCACUUAUUUUUGAGGUUUGUUGUCAGAGGAGUGUUCAAGAGUGGACAAAGAUCAAAUUACUGUUAACUUCAAGUUUUCCUCAUAAUAUUAGGUUUGUUCUUAAUCAACAGCUGUUUCGAAACUAGGAAGGUUUCAGCUUUCCUUUUCCACUCUGAAAGUGCGGAUGGGCUUUUAAUCACUUCAAGAAGUGUUUGAAUGCAUCUUCAUAUAAAUUUCUUAAUGGUGUAUAACUGCUUGUAUGUGCAAAGUCUAAUACUGCAAGAAUCUGUGUAUAUUUGAAAUCAGUAUCUAGCUUGCACACAGUGGAUGGGAUUAAGGUGGUGGUGAAAGCAAUGCAAGUCCCAGCAUUGGCUUGAACAACAGAGGCUCAAGAGGAGAGGGAGAGAUUUAAGUACAUUAGCCUGAUGCCAAGAAAUAGUCAGUUUAAUUUGAAGCUGUUAAGAGUCGCAGCUUCGAAGUAAACCUCCUUCAGCUAAAUAAUAAAACAUUUCACUCUGAGGGACGUUCCCGUUCAAGUGCAUGAGUUUGCCUACUCUGACUACCUGAAUGAAGAUGAUGAGAGUAUACCCAUAAAUUAGCCUUUGUACGUUAUGUUUCUUGUUUUAAUAAAAACAGUAUACUUAAAUGGUGCAAUAUCAGAAAACCUACAGAAAUCUACCUCUGUACAGGAAGGGAGUCCAGAAACCCUGCGAAGACAGAUGAAACCAUAAUAAUAUCUACUAAAGGAUGACAGUAGUGUUGAAUGAAUUUCUGAACAGAUUACUUUUAGAAGCAGCACAACUCCUUCAAUCUCAUUUGCUUUAUCUCUUUCCCUCAAAUUUCCCCACAUUCCCUCAAAAAUUUCAAAAGAAUUAUCUUGUAAUAAAGUCUUGUUCUAUGCUUGUAUAGGCAUAUGUUUCUGUGUAUAUAUGGUUAUAGCUUGAUAGCAUGUUUAAAUUAUUGCUUCCAUUCUUUGUAAAGUAUGCUUAUUUUUUAUGUGCAUAUACUGGAUAAAAUGGUACAAAAAAGUUCCGUUUGCUUUUCUGGUAAGAUGUUACUUUACUAAGCUGCAAAAGAGCUACUUCACCCCUGUACAGCUUUAAACAUACUCGUCUUCUGUAGCUGGCACUGCUGUACCUGCUCUUUCUUGCCAUUGCGCUUGCCUUUUGCGCUGAAGAGCCUCACUUUCCAUACUGGUGGAAGACUGCAGGAAAGGGACAAGAGCUGAAAUAAAUCUGUCUAUGAUGUACUAUGCUGAACUCCAGCUACAAGGGAAAGUUGGUGGCUCAAUGCAUAAAAAUUAUUUUUUUUUCAGUUGAAUCCACUAAUGCUCAUCUACUGAAUAUUUUAAUCUGUCGAGGAAGUAGCAAUGUAAAAAUCUAGUAGAAUACUUGCCUGCCACAAGACCCUUUCAAGGAUGAGGAAGGCACCUAACGGAACAGCUUUUAGUGGCUCUGUGGAAUGUAUGUAUUAUAAUUAGUGACUUAACGUGAUUGAGACUUGGUCAGCUUCUCUGUUUUGUAAGACUCGCUGAAGUAAAACUGAUUUUAAGCUUUUAAAACCCUCUUCUGUAAACAGCCAGUUUGAAAAAACCUUGCUUUCCCUAGCUAUAAGAGUCUUCCCCCUCCACCUUCCUUCACUGAUUUUUUUUUUAUUAAUAUCUUUUUUUAAGAUUAAAAGUGGAAAACCUUGUUGUGAAUUCACAUAUAGUGAAGGACUUGCCUGAGACUUGGUUCUGGCUUUUAAGUCUUCAUUUGGGAAGUUUAUGACUGUUGAUAAUGUGUCUCUAGCCACACUGUCUGAAACUAGCGUUGUUCAGUUUUACAAGAAGGUUUUCAGCAACUAAUAACUUCCAUUGCUGAUGGCUUUUCAGCAAUGGGUGAAGUUCCUAGUGCGGUCACAGCCAUAGUGCUUUACGUCUCAGUUGAAUGUUGCGCUGAGACAAAUCUGUCUUGAGAUUUCUUUUUAGGAAAGACUAAAUGGAAGAGAAUGGGGGAGAAUGACUUGAGAUGCUCAACUGUAAUCUGGAAGUCGCCUUGGGGUAUUCCUGACUGGAGCAUAGCGAGUGGUAGAUCCCGUGGGUUAUAGUGCUUUAUUCGGAGACUGCUGCCGCAAGGGAUACACGUUGUAAAGUGCUUUUGCCACAUCUUGCCCAAUAAGUUUGCCUCAGCCACUGCACCUCAUAUUUGUCCACUAGCGUUUAUGAGGAUGGAUAUGAGCUAUGAUACCACUUAAAAUGAUGGAUGUAUCUGUAUGGAUUAUAUUUGAAUAAUGUACAGUUAUCUAAAUUUUGAUGCUUUGUAAUCAAAUGGAGCAUGACCAUGAAUUGUCCUAAUAAAUCUUGAUACUGAA